AAAAACCGAACCCAACCCAGCCCAACCCAACCCAACCCAACCCCCUCCAUACCUUUCGCCGAACCCCUCCAUCCCAUUUUUCACAUUCUCCAAUCUCCCGAUUCCCCCACCCCUAUUCUCCCGAAUCUCCAUUCCUCCCCUGGGCUCUCCACACUCUCAUAGUCGAAUCGGAAAGAUGGCGACGAGGACGGCAACGGUGACGAAGAUGAGGACGACGAAGACUACGAAGACGAUGAUGUCUGAUGAGGGGGGCGAGGACGACGAAGACGACGAGGUUCAGGUCUUACAAUCCUCCAGAGGGCCACCGGUUCAGUCGGCGGACGACGACGAGGAUGACGAUGAAGAUGACGAUGGUGAAGGCGGAGACGACGAUGAGAUGGUGAAGGCGGAGACGACGAUGACGAUGGUGAAGGCGGAGACGACGAUGACAAUGACGACGACGACGAGGAUGAAGACGGUGAAGAAGAGACGACUUCGGGCGGGGAAUCCGAACUGCAGGGUCAACAAAGUUAAAGACUGCUACCUGUGCUCAUUUUAAUCCCUCCUCAGCAAGGACUGGAGUUCAGAGAACGAGCUCCAUGAAAGGUUGCAGCUCGUUGCCAUCAGAUCAUCAGGUCGGCAAACUAUUAAUUAAGCUCAGGAUGAACAGUUUGGCUUACCACCUGAUUGACAGGCCCCAAACUCAACUAGAACAAGUCCCAAUUGAUCGUGGUUCGCAACACGUACUUCAACUCGUCGUGACCAACUUGACAAGCUCUGGAUGAUAAGAGCAUAUUAGAAGAGUACCAGGUAGUAGUUAUUAAGCGGGCAGGUCCUAAUUGAUCGUAGUCGGCAGCACGUACUCCAAGAGAUGAGAUCUGAUAAAUAACAGGUAAUUGGACACUUGAAUUUAUUUAGUGUAUAUUUGCUGAAAACUCAUGAUGCAUUUCAAUAUUGGCUUUAGCCUUCCAUGUGGCUUUCAUACGUAUAGCUAUGUGCUUCAAUUUUUAGUUAAAGUUUACACCAACAAAAUGUUAUUUCCUAGUCUUCCUUAAAUGAACAUUACUAGUUAGAUUCAAUAUUUAAAUUCGUUUUAAUACAAAAAUAAGCAAUUCGAAUAACAAGGUAUUUGUUGAUAAAUAUUAUUAAGUAUACAACAUGUAUUAUUUUCACAUAUAUAAUGUAGAAGUUUUUAUUUUGUAGUUUGAAAGCAAAAAGUAUGAAAAUAUUUAUUAGAUAAGGGAGACAGAAAAAACUACUAUACAAAAUAGCCUAUGAGCACAAUCUACAUCGUUUAGUUAGCGCUCAACAACACAUAAAAAAAAAACUACGAUGCAAGAUAGCUUUUGAGCAUAAAUUUAUAUCGUCUAGUUAGUACUCGACAAUAGAGUUGAGGCAUCACCCAAAAAAAAUUAUGAUGCAAAAUAGCCUACGGGUACAAAUUUACAUCGUCUAUUUAGCACUCAACAGCAUAAAAAAAAAACUAUAAUGCAAGAUAGACUUUGGACAUAAAUCUACAUCGUCUAGUUAGUGCUCGACAACAGGUUAAUGUCCCGUGCAGAAAAAACUAUGAUACAAGAUAGUCUAUGGGCACAAAUCUAUAUUGUCUAGUUAAUGCUCAACAACACAGAAAAAAUUAUGAUAUAAGACAGCCUACAUACACAAAUCUACAUCAUCUAGUUAGCACUCAAUAAUACAGAAAAAAACUACGAUGCAAGAUACCCUCCAGGCAUAAAUUUACAUUGUCUAGUUAGUACUCGACAAUAGGGCUAAGGCUCCACGGAGAAGAAACUAUGAUACAAGAUAGCCUAAGGGCAAAAAUCUAUAUUAUCUAGUUAGUGCUCAACAGCAUAGAAAAAACUACAAUACAAGAUAGCCUAUGGGCAUAAAUAUACAUCGUAUAGUUGGUACUCGACAACAGGGCUAAGAACCCAGCAUAGAAAAAACUAUAAUGCAAGAUCACCUAUAGGCACAAAUCUACAUUGUCUACUUCGUACACGACCUCAAAACUAAGGACCAUUAAAAAAAUUGAAUAAAAGAAAAGAAAAAAAAAGAGGAGAAAAUAUAUAGUUAACUACUUCAAGGCUUUACAUAAAAAUUCAUGCUUGAAUUAGGGGGCAUCAGCUCAUGACUCUCAAUAAAGGCUAAGACCAACAUGUCUAGAAAAACUCAAUGGAAGAGCUCAAAAUAUAAAGUAAGACCAACAGGUUUGGAAGAGCAAGAGCUCCAUGGAAGAACUUAAACUUUUUUUUAAAGAAAAAUAAGGCCUACGAGUCUAAAAGAGUCCAAUGGAAGAGCUUGAAAUAAUAAAGGAAGACCAAUAAAUCUUAUAAAAUUAUAUGAAAGACCUACAGAUCUAGAAAAAUAUCAUGAAAUACUUAAAAUUCAAUAAAAGAUCUAAAAUAAGGAAGGUCUCAAGAAGGAAGACCUCCUUCAAGAAAGGGAAGGCCUCUAAGGUUAGGUCGAAAGGGAAGACCUUCAAAAGGUAAGACCUCCCAUGACUAGACCUCCAAAGUAAGACCUCUAAAGGUCUGCCCUU